GCAACGCCACUUCCUUGUUCCGAGAAAGCGGUGCCCAAAUGGCCCCGGGAAGGGGGUUGAUUUAAAUACAAUAAACGCCCAAAGCGCCGCAUCGUAAGCCGGGUGUCUGGGAUUGCGCCUGGGUAGAGCAACAGCGGCUGAAAUGUCGGUCGCUUUCCUCAUGCAUGCAUUUUGGUGAUGAAAUUACAAUGAAAUCACCGUCACUGCCAGACCGACGGACGAGAUUUUCUAGCCCCACCACUGCGAAGUGAGGCCGGCGUGGCGCACCCUGCCACGAUCGAUGCUGCGCUCCGUCGGGGGCAUCGAUGAGUCCCGGUGCGGAGGGGAUGGGAAGCGGCACCUCCAGGAGGACACGGUGCUUGAGAAGCGUCUACUCGGAGCACCGCGGAGGCAUCAACUGGCUCAGCUUGAGCCCCGACGGCGAUCACUUGCUGACCUGCAGCGAAGACGGGACGGCGCGUCUGUGGGAGACCAAGGGGCUACAGUGUUGCGCACUUCUGCAAGGGCAUGACAGCUACGUCACCCACGGUCACCUGGAGAACGAUGUGGCGUACACCUGCAGCGCGGACCACACCGUCAGGAAGUGGGACAUGGCCACGGGGGGCUGCAUGCACGUCUUCAGGGGACACACCUCCAUAGUCAACAGGGUCCUGGUCGCCAGCGGAUGCCUGUUCAGCGGCUCGUAUGACCGCACGGCACGCUGUUGGAAUCCUGACAGUGGCCGGCAGCUGCAGGAGUUCCGGGGUCACCGCAAUGGCGUCUUGGCACUGGCUCACUUCUCCGCUCAGGACCUGGUGCCUGAUUACGCACUGAGUGGCGGGCAGGGUGGCGACUUCCUGGUUACGGGAAGCACUGACUGCACUGUCAAGUUGUGGCUGGUUCUUAAUGGCCACUGCUGUCAUACCCUCCGUGGCCAUCAGGGGGCAAUCCUCUGCAUGCUGCUGGAUGUGCCGGGCAGGGCCCUGUUCACAGGCAGCAGGGACCAUACGGUGCGGUGCUGGGACCUUGCCACCGGUGAGCAGACACGAGUGCUGCAGGAUCAUCAGGGCUCCAUCAUCUGCCUGGAGUUUGUCAACAGACACUUGUAUUCUGGAAGCACCGACCGCACAGUCAAGUGCUGGAUGGUUGCGUCUGGCGAGUGCGUCCGCACCUACAAGUCCCACAGGCACACCGUCAGCACCCUGCAGUUCUACGAGGGCAUCCUGUUUACAGGAAGUGGAGACUCGUGUGCAAGGGCCUUCGACACCACAUCUGGCAUCUUGAGAAGAGUCUUCAAGGGACAUAAAUUUAUCAUCAAUUGUUUACAGGUUCACAACCAGAUGCUGUACACAGUGUCCCAUGACUGUACCAUGAGGGUUUGGGACGUGCGUGGUCUGUACAAAUGUGACCAGGGUGAGGACAGCGAGAGCCGCUGGAAGGGCUCCUUUGGAAUCGGCCUCUCGCGGGUGAGAAGGAACCGCGUUGGAUGCUUGGGGCUCUCACACAGGCCCACCACGGCAACCAGCACUAGGAACGAUCAGGAAGGUAGAGAAGACACCUUGGAGCUGGACUGAGCUCAAUGUCUCCACCCUUUUUUUUUGUCUUGACUGUUUACACAUUUGCACAGAGGGCAGAGGUUUUGAUAUUUGGAUGCGUGCAAGGAUGGACAGUUUUGUGAGAUGACCUGAUAAAUUCUUGCUAGAUUCGGGAUCUAUCCCACCCAAGCCAAAGAGUGCCCAUCCAUCCUGUCUUUCUCAUCAGACUCUCCAUGCAUGGUGUCAUAGUCUCAUGAAGAUCAAUGCUCCUCGUACUGUCUGGCUGUUUCUCCUCUGGUACUACUUCAUCAGUCAAACUGCUGAACCUCUGUUCACCCUGGCACUUUUCGUUCCAGGACUUUUUUCAGGUUACUUUUUUACUGAUCUAAUGGAACAAGUAAGCUAAGAUCCUAGUCUGGGUCUUAGAUUAAAUUAUGGCUCUGGACUGUUGUACACAAGGAAUGCCUUCGAGGUCCUGUGGUUGCUACCCUAACUCUCGUUUCACCCUGUCAUUGAUUCCAGUGACUUGACUUUUCAUCUUGUCUCACAUACAGAAUUCCUGAUGGUCCUCAUUUUUAAAUAAACAAAA